UCGCUCUUUUUGUGGUGGCAAGAUGGCGGCUCCGGGACUAACGGUGAUGCCGGCGUCGCUGCACGGACAUGUGGUCAAGGUUCACCCGGUGGUCCUGGCGGCCAUUGUGGACAGCUACGAGCGGAGGAAUGAGGGAGCGGCCCGGGUGAUCGGGACCCUGCUGGGCUCGGUGGACAAGCAUUCUGUGGAGGUGACCAACUGCUUCUCCGUGCCCCACAACGAGUCCGAGGACGAGGUGGCGGUGGACAUGGAGUUCGCCAAGAACAUGUACGAGCUCCACAAGAAGGUGUCGUCCGCCGAGCAGAUCCUGGGCUGGUACGCCACAGGAAAUGACAUCACAGAGCAUUCCGUCCUCAUCCACGAGUACUACAGCCGCGAGGCCACAAACCCCAUCCACAUGACCGUGGACACCAGCCUGCAGGGGGGGCGCAUGAACAUCAAGGCCUACAUCAGCACUCCGAUGGGUGUCCCUGGUAAGACGAUGGGAGUUAUGUUCACCCCGCUGACGGUGCAGUUUGUGUAUUAUGACACGGAGAGGAUAGGACUUGACCUCAUCACAAAGACCUGCUUCCAGGCCACCCGCUCCGUCGGUCUGACCAGCGACCUGCAGCAGGUGGGCUCUGCCGCCACGCGCCUGCAGGACUCCCUGAGCACGGUGCUGCAGUAUGCGGAGGACGUGCUGUCGGGGAAAGUCUCUGCUGACAAUAACGUCGGCCGCUUCCUGACGGAUCUGGUGAACCAAGUGCCCACAAUCCCCCCCGAAGACUUUGAGGCCAUGCUGAACAGCAACAUCAAUGAUCUGCUCAUGGUCACGUAUCUCGCUAACCUCACCCAGUCCCAGAUCGCUCUCAAUGAGAAGCUCCUGAACCUGUGAGCCCCCACGCUGCCCCCUACAGGUCGCCCUCACACUGUAAUAUAGGAUUGUCCCGGAUGUUCGGACUUUGUUGUCACAUUUUUCCUUCUUUUUUUUUUUUUUUUUUUGUGUGAAAUAAAAUGAUUUCACUCA